ACCAACCGAAAGACUCAACGCAGAAAAAUCAAAAAACUAUAGAGAGACUUGAAAGGAGUGAGAAUGAGCAAAAAGCUCCAUAAUUCAAUCUCUCUUUCUCUUCCAAAUUUCUGUAUAUUAGGGUUUCAAUCACUUUUAAUUUUCAAUUUAUCAUCAUUAUUCACCCAUCUCCUUCGCCCCCUAUUCACCUCUGACACCGGAAUUUUUCUAUUCAACAAACCCUAGUGUUGUGGGGUUUUUUUAAAUUCUUGGUCGAAGAAAAGUAUGUAAGAUUUUGGGGGAUUUCAAGAAAUUGUGAGAAUUUGGGUUACGUACGCAAUGAUGGAUGAUCCGGAGAGAGUGAUAUUGGAUAUAAGUUCAGAUGAAGAAGUGGUUUUUGUGAAAAACAGAGGUGGCGAUGGUGGCGGCGGCGGUGGAAGAGGGAGCGAUGACUAUGACUGGAUAACGGAACUUUUGGGUGAAGGAGGGGAUGGACGCAGCAAAGUUGAUUCUGAUGAUGUUGUAGUGGUGGGGGAAGUUAUUGUGAAUCCAAAACAAAAUUUGAAGUUGUUAACCAAUGCUGACGAUGAUGAUGAUGAUUGUGUGGUUUUGGAGGAAGACCCAGAUAAGCCUGUCGAAGUUGAGAAUGAUAGAGGUGAUGAUUCUGAUGAAUUGCUUGUUGUAAGCGAAAAGGGUCAGAUUGCCUGCAGAGAUUAUCCCCAUUCACGACAUCUUUGUGCUAAAUUUCCCUUUGGUUCUACUCCCCAUGAACGGCAUUGUGAUCAGUGCCAUUGUUAUGUUUGUGACACAAUUGCUCCAUGUGUCUACUGGGGCACUGGCAUUUCCAGCACAGCCCAUUGUCAUGCCACUGACAAGGACAAGUUUUGGAAAGCACAGAGACAAAACACAAGGAAAAGUGAUAAAGUGCUUCCACUGGUCACUCCAUGCCGUGGUACUUCAGUAUCUGUCCCCCCACCUGUAGCUAACCAAGCUCCAGGUUUUAUUCAGAGAGUACCCAAUUAUCCUCCACAUAACCAAAUGUCUAGACAAGCCCCGAUUCGUCCUUGUUCCAUGUCAAGCAGUCCUGGGUUACCAAAUUCAACUAGACAGCAGUCCACUGCUCUUAGAGACAAAUUUCAUAGCCAUGUUGUCUCUCAACAGUUGCGCAAUGCAAGCAUUAAUGUUAAUCCAGGGGACAGAAGGCACAGUGUUAGUCACAUGGGUCCCCAGUUUUUUACUCCCCGAACAGCAUUCAAAAGGGCAGGGUCAUCUGGACAGGCGUUUGCAACUGAUAGAUCUGGAUACAAUUCACCAAACACUUGUUCUGUGCCUCAAUUUGGUAGAACUCAUUCUUCAGCGGCUAGGUGGCAGGUGCCUUCUGCCUCACGGCCUGUAGGCUCCAAUAAGUAUAUUGCUUCCUCCCAGCACAAUGCUGGCAUACUUGGUGCUAGGGCUGUUCCUUACCAACCUCCACUACAGAGGCAACCUGGUUUUGUGGGUGUGCCUGCAAAUUAUGCACCAAUGAGACCUCAGAUACCCGCUCAGCCCCAUGCUGGGAUACGUGGUGUUAAUGCUGUUUCUUCCCAACAUCAACUACCUCGGCAGCCUGCUCUUGUGGGUGCACCUGCAAAUUAUGCACCAACGGAGCCUGAGAUCCUUUCCCAGCCCAGUGCUGGCGUAGUUGGUGUUAAUGCUGUUUCUUUCCAACCUCGGUUACCUAGGCAGCCUAGGUUUGUGGGUGCAUCUACAAAUUAUGCACCAAUGGAACCUCAGAUUCCCUCUCAGCCACAGGUCAGUGCUUGUGCAAAUUCGGCGUCUUCGGAAGCUCCAACAUUCCUUCUGCCAUAUGCUAAUUCAUCACCUUCUCAACCUCACUUGUCUACACUUCCUAGUGUUCUAAGUGAAUUUGAAAGUCUUGUUUCCUGUGAAAAUUCAGUAUCCUCCCAGUCACAGGUGGGUAAUAUGUAUAACAACCCACUGUCAUCUGAAGCCCAAAUGUUCUCUCAACAGUAUGCAGACGGAAACUCUGCUAACAGUUUGCCUCUGCUAUCUUCAGUAGCCUUCCAUCCUGAAGGAGGAAACACUUCUGUAAAUACCGCUGCUUCCCAGUAUCUACUGGCCUCCCCGACAAAUGCAGUCACCGCUCUUGGAAAUUCAACUACCCCUGUCUCCCAGUUGUCCAAUCAGCCAGAUCAUGGAACCUCACCAAACAUUUCAGUUCCCUGCAGUGGCGAUUUACCUUGCCCUGCUACAAUGGAAAACACUUUUGGAAGCAGGUGUGAGAACACUUUCUCUUGCCAACCUGAACUAUGUGGACAGCAUAUUUCAUCAUCAUCAUUUGAUAGCAAAAAUAUUUCCCAGCAUGGAUAUCAAGGUGAAAAUACUUUAAUUCCAAGUUUCGAAGAUUUUGACUUUGGUUGGGAGACACAUGUUAGCCAAACUAAUAGUUCGGGUAAUGUAUAUAAUCCUAAACCUGGAGAGACACCGGAGGUAAGUAGACAUCCUCAGUUAAUGGAAAACAUAACCGAUUUGGACAUUCAGUAUGCUGAUUGGUUAGUUUCUGCACCUUCAGACACCCCAGUUUCAACAGGAUUUAACAUAUUGUCCCCUGAAGCUCCUCCCAUAGAUUCUGGAUUUUUUGUUGACUUCUAAAUGUUGGUGGCAUCCUUGACGAAACAUGGACUUCUGGUUUCUUCAAAGUUUUUUCUUUUAAAAACAAAAUUAGGAAUGCUUCUCCCCUUUAAAGGGUAGCAAGGUACAUAUGGUUAAAGAGUUAGGGUUAACAGGUUAAGUUUUCUUCGGGUGUAAACUGCCUUUGUUUCUGAAACACAAACAAAUUCCAUUCACCUGUAAAUGUUACUAAUCUUUUAUGUUAUGCUAUCUAAAUGACAGCUUAUUUCUCGAAAA